GCACAGCUACUCCCGAAGGAUCGGAAGUCUGCUUCUGUAUUUCAGGCAACAUGCAUCUCCUGAUAUUGCUCUCUGUCUGUCUUGUCUUGGCUGUCACUGCCGUCGCUCAAAAGCCUCAUCCUUGCAAAUCUCCUCCUUUAAUGGUCGGACAUCUCAGCGCGAUUGACUCCAACAGCGAGUCGUUUCUGACUGAAGGAUUCAGCUAUGACGCUCUGGGACAGAGGAUACGGGUCAGAACACAUUUUGUGCACCAUAACCAGUCGUUCUACAGUGAUGAGCUGCUGCUCUUCACAAAGGGAGUGAUGUAUGAAAUAUCCUAUAGAAACCAAACCUGCACAAAGGCGGCCCUGAAAAUGCCCUUUCCGGUAAUAGAAAUCCCCCAGGAUGCCACGCUUCUGAGCCAGACCUUCCUUGGCAGCUCCUCUGGUCCUGGACAGGGGCUGCUGGUCAAUGUCUGGACGGGAGAAUUACAUCAACAGAAAGAGAUUCACUCUCGUGCCAUGGCAACCCCGCCAGUUAAGUACUUGAUGUCGUUCACGGAGAUCGGGUGUGUACCCGUCAGUAUUGUGUACUACACUGACCGGACUGACUGGAAUCUUAUAAGUUUCUUUGACCUUGUGCUCAAGAUUGAGGACCCCCAGGAAUUUGUUCCUCCUGAUUUCUGUGACACAACCAAACCAGUGGAGGAGGGAGAAGAGGUGGUGACCGAAUUCUAUCAUGCCCUUUUUAAAGCGAAUGGCCAGAAGAAGAAAACUAUGGUCUAAAUCAGUGCCUCUGUGUGUUCUUAACCACAGAUUCAAGGUCAUUAUAUUGCUUAUUAUGAAUAUGUGCUUCUUUUGCAGCUGAUUUAGAAUGAAUUGUAUUUGUUGAUUAUUUUAAUCAAGAGAAAAAUGGUGGACUAGUGAUUGUCAUAAUUAAUAAUGAUAAAAACAUUAGAUA